AUGAAGCAGAAGGUGAAUCAGAAAAUGAAAGUGUUCAUUUGGAAGUGCCUGCAUGGUGGACUACCUGUGAGAGGAGAAAUUCACAAAAGAACAAGACAAGGGAAUCCUAUGUGUGCAGGAUGUGGCGAAAAGGAAGAGUCAAUUGAACACCUUCUGAUCCAGUGCAUCAAAGCUAAGGAAAUAUGGAAGAUUGCACCAGUGCAGUGGGAUGGAAUACAGCAGCUGUUGGAUUGUUUCAUCAAAUGGUGGUUUGCAAUCAUAGAAGCUCAAGAGAGCAGAGGAGGGGAGGAUCAGGUGAACCUUACCAUCAACAUUCUAUGGCAGAUAUGGAAAGUCAGGAAUGAUAGGGAGUUUAACCACAAAGAUAGGGAACCUCACAAGAUAAUUCAUAAAUCCAUGAAAGAAUGGAUGGAGUUCGAUAAGGCCAACAAAGGAAAGAUAUCAAUAAAGAACACUCAGGAAACAGAAAUACAUCAAAGAACUGUGGAAGAACAAGAUCAAAAUGAGAGCCAAUCAAGUUUGCUGAUCAAGGUCCACACUCAUCAAGAUAAAAGACAAGCAAUAGUGGGAAUUGGAAUCACAGAAACUGACUCCAUGGGACAAAUUCAAGCAGGUUGGGUAUUGAGGGAAAGAAUGUCAGCUGAUCCACUACAAGACCAAGCUGUUGCAGUGAGAUUAGCACUACUGAAUGCGGCCAACCAAGGAUGGAGGAGUAUCAAGAUGGAACUAAAUAAUAGGGAAUUGGUGGAGUGCAUAAGAGACGCAAGGGAAAGUAGGUAG